GUCGCGCAUGAUAGUUAUCAUUUUGCUGUGAUAUCGAGUAGAAGCAUCUGAUUGUUUUUACGAAUAUUGUGAAUCCUGUGUUCAAAAUCUCCUGAACUGCUGACUAUUUGUUUGUUUAGUAUUCGUUGUAUACGGAGUGUGUGAGGAAUGGGGAAGGAUUAUUAUAAAACCUUGGGGAUAGCAAAAGGAGCUAGUGAUGAUGACAUCAAAAAGGCGUAUCGCAAACUUGCGCUGAAGUACCAUCCAGACAAAAACAAAGCUGCUGGAGCUGAGGAGAAAUUCAAGGAAGUUGCGGAGGCUUACGAAGUCCUUUCUGACAAAAAGAAACGGGACAUCUACGAUGUCUACGGCGAGGAAGGGCUGAAGGGAACUCCUGGUGGUGGCCCCGGAAAUGGAGACGCUGGUAACUUUUCCUACUCGUACCACGGGGACCCGAGAGCCACCUUUGCACAGUUCUUUGGAAAUUCCAGCCCCUUCUCGGCCUUCUUCGAGUUCGGGAACAGCAACCGUAUGUUUGGAGGCAUGCAUGAUGAGGAAAUGGAAGAAGAUGAUCCCUUUGCUUCUCUGGGAGUAGGAGGACCACCACGACCUGGGGGCCCGGGAGGUGCUUUCCGCAGCCAUUCUUUCAAUUUCCAUAAUAGCCCCAACAAGAAUAAGGACAAGAUUCAAGAUCCACCCAUUGAAUAUGACCUGUAUGUUUCCCUGGAUGACAUCACCAAGGGAUGUCAGAAGAAGAUGAAGAUCAGCAGAAAAGUAUUGCAGCCUGAUAGUACUACCAAAAAAGAGGAUAAAGUUCUUACCAUCAAUGUUAAACCUGGAUGGAAAGCUGGUACCAAAAUUACAUUCCAAAGAGAAGGAGAUCAAAGUAGAAAUAAGAUACCAGCUGACAUAGUUUUCAUCAUCAGAGAUAAGCCACAUCAUCUGUUCAAAAGGGAAGGCAGUGACAUCAAGUACACUGUUAAAAUAACCUUGAAACAGGCAUUAUGUGGUUGUACCAUUGAAGUGCCCACAAUGUCUGGAAAGUCAAUACCUCUUCACUACACUCAGGAGGUAAUCAAACCAAACACUGUCAGAAGAAUUCAAGGAUAUGGAUUACCUCUGCCAAAGGAGCCCACUCGCCGUGGAGACUUGAUAGUGAAUUUUGAUAUCAAAUUUCCAGAGAACCUUUCUCAAUCUGUAAAAGAUAUCCUAUAUGAUACUCUGCCCAAAUAAGUUGAGCCAAAAUUUAAGGUUGUGAAUGACUUGUACGUUUUAGUACAAUUGUAAUUUGUAUUGAUUUAAGCAUGUAACUUAAUGUAAAUAAGAAACUGCUUUUUGGUUCAUUGAUCUAUACUGAAGACUAGUUGGUUUUACAUGGAUAUAGAUAAGUUUGGCCAAAUUAUCUGUAUAACUGUAAAACAAGUUAUUUCCAGUGUAUAUACCUACUAUUAUUAGUUAUGACUUGAAGAGUUUUGUAAAUUAUAUUUUAGUAUUACUUAUGACAAACUAUAAUCUGUUAAUAAAUUAUUUUUUUACACUCC